AAAUUGAAAGAUCAUUUCAUCAUGGCGCAAUCACCUAUUCCUGACUCGGUAACUGACUUUAUAACGAUGACUUAUCAAGAAAACUGUUCCUGUAUAGUGUCAAUGGAUGACAUUGAUGAGUCUGGAACGAUGGUUGACAAGUAUCUUCCUGCAGAAAAUGAUUCAUUACAAAACGGUGGUUUCAUAGUUUCUUGUUUUGCCUACGACACCAAACCACAUUACACUGUUAGGAAAGUGACCAUAAAAAAUAAAGAGUGUUCAAAUGACGAGCGGGAAUUCUAUCAUUUUCAAUACAGGAAAUGGACAGCCGGGAUGAAUGUUCCUGUAAGCGUUGAAGAAUUUUUGGAUUUUGUAAAAGAUGUCGAGGAAUAUGCCACACUUAGUAAAGAAAAUCCCCAUGUAAUGGUUCAUUGCUUAAACGGCAGUGAACGAAGUGGAAUAUUUUGCGUCAUUGCAAUUAUGGUGGAAAAACUUGUGUAUGAUCAGCAAGUCAGUGUGAUGAAUACUUUGAGACAGUUACGGAAAAGGAGACCAUAUGCAAUAAAUGGAAUGGAGCAGAUGAUGUUUUGUUUUCAAGCUUCACGAGCCAUUGUUCAAAUGCACAGAAAGAACUGCAUCUGUUAUGAUAAUCUGUUAUAACAUAAAAUGCAAACAUCACAACGUCCAACUUUCCAAGUUUCAAAGAGUAUUUGUAUAUCUCAGUAUGUAUAUACAUGUAUUCAUAACACAAGAAAGAAAUUCAGAGAAAUUAGUAUAAACAUGACAAUGUGUCUACAGAGGACGACCUUCUUUCAAAAAGAUUAAUGAUUAUCAUGUAAUAAUAUAUGAAUUUGUUUAUUUAACUGCUGUGUUUAUCGUUUAUAAUUUUUCCUGUUUUUCCCCUAUUAAAUUACUCACAAACAAAACACUCUGUUCAUUUGUAUAACCCAGAGCCAACCAGUAGCAAUGCAUUAUCCUUUGCAACAAAAUUAAAAAACUUCAAAAGGUAUAUUAUUUACAAAUAUCGGCUGUUAACUUUAAAAAGAUGCUUAUUCGUGUUUUAUUA